AUGGGUUUCGAAGUUCGCGCACGCGCCUCAGGGGGGGCACCGAGCUCCCUCGUGGGCAGUCUUCUGGGGCUGCCUGGAGGGGGAGGCGCGUACACUUACGAUCUUAUUGGUCGCUUUCCUCAUCCAAUUUCGCUUUACCAGCACCUCCCCGACGUAUCGGCGGUACCGGUCAGCGCCUUUGAGGAAGCGGCUGUCCAGCGUCUCAGAGUUUUGAAUUUCCUCCAUGAGAAGUUCGGCGCAGAGACGUCGCUGAAUCCGGCGCUUCUGCGUGAGCAGGGCGCCGCGAAGGCCCCUGCCUCGGGCGUUGCAGGCGGCCGCGUGGCGACUGCGGAGUUUCAGCUGAAGCAGCUUCUCGAAGAAACGGGGCUGAUGCUCGCCAGGGCGCCCCUGAGUGGGGCACCUGCAGCCGCGCCGCCGGCGGCUGAGCAGCGCCACGCCGUCGCGAUGCGCGACGCGAUCUCGCACUUUGCGCUGCGACUUGCAUUCAGUGCAGACAAAGAGCGCCAGCAAUGGUUCGUCCGCCAGGAGACCCGACUCUUCUUCUACCGCCUCGAUGAGCUGAUGAAGCACAGAGGCGAAUCGAUGAGCAGCGGCUUCGAGCGCGACCAGCCGUUCGACGAGUUUCUCCACCGCGAAGGCCUCGACUACGAUUUCGUAACCCGUCCGCAACGGCCCGACUCGCAGGCGAUGGCGCUGUGGCAGCGCGCGACAGAGUUCCGCGGCGGAGACUCGAGCGGUGCCUACUCGUACCAAGAACUCCGUCUUUUUCUCGUGCCGUUCUAUCCCGAUGCCGCGUCUCUCGUCGCGCGGCGGCGGGUGUACGUACACCGAUCUGUCGCCUACGUGCCCUUCGCGGAGAUGGACCAAGUUCUGCUGAGCAAGUUCAAAACGGUUCUCUCGGAAUGCUUCACGUUGCUGGAGAGUCGACAGACGUCGCUGCAGACACACGUCUUUGGCGACCCACGCAUCGGCGAGCUCCUCAUGGCGAUUCCAACUGCGUACAUCGGAAAGGAUUUCCGGAAGGCCACCGUGGAGACUGCGGAAGACCGCCUCACGCCGCAGAACGUCAAGGAUGUCUGGCGCAGCUCCUUCCCGCCUUGCAUGCGGCGUCUCUACGGAGCUUACGUGCGCGACCACCACAUGCGUCACUCGGGGCGCCUGCAGCUCUGGCUGUUUUUCAAGGGAGCAGGCAUGAAGCUCGAAGAGAAUCUGCAGCUGAACCGCGCCCUGUGGCAGGACUCUCACAAAUUCGACCGCGAGCACUCGUACACGCUGCGCCAUAUAUACGGACAGGAAGGCAAGCGCGCGGACUAUCCGCCGCUGAGCUGCUCAAAAAUCAUCUCUGGAGGCGGCAUGCUGCAGACGCCGGGCGUGGGCGAUUUCCACGGAUGCCCGUUUAAGCACUUUGACAAGCCGCAGCUCCAAAAGCUGCUCAGCGACUUCGGGCUCAGCUUUAACCAGGCGCUGCCGAUUCUCAAGUACCGCGACACGAACGAAUACCAGCUCGCCUGCAAAGAGUUCUUCAUGCAGACACACCCCGAGAGCGAAGGCGAAGGCGUUGGCAAUCACCCGAACCAUUUUUACGAAGCGAGUCGGCGAUACGCGCGGCGGCAGGCGGGCGCCGCGCCCGAGACGAAGGGCGAGAAGAAGAACGAAGAAGACGUCGUCAUGGCCUCGGCAAGUUAA